AUGGGUCGGCGCAAGAUCGAGAUCGUGAUGGUUACGGAUAGUUGCACGAGGCAAGUGACCUUCUCAAAGCGGAGAACCGGGCUUUUCAAGAAGGCGAACGAGCUCGCGAUCCUGUGCGCCGUCCAGAUCGCGAUCAUCGUGUUUUCCCCCGGAGGCAAACCCUUCUCGUUCGGGCAUCCGAAUGUGGAAUCUCUCGUCCACCGAUUUCUAAAUCAGGAAAAGGCUCCGGACGAGGGCACAAGCCAAGGCGCCGAACCCCUUGACAAGAGCACGACCGAGGAUAAUCUUAACCAGCAACUCCUCGAUCUACUCAAGCGAUUGAACGCCGAGGAGAAGCGAGGAGAGCUGCUCGAGAAGAUGGUGAAAGCGAAACGAGCUGCCAAGGGCCAACCUCCGGUCGAUCAACUCGGAUUGUCUGGACUCGGAGAGUUGAAGAGCUCGCUAGAAGACCUUCGCGAGAAACUGAAAGAUCGUAUGAUCCAUCUGGACGUGUGUUCGGCGAUGUUGCUUCUCGCGGCACAACCGCCGAAGAUGUAAACCAUUCAGAGAUCUGGGUUUAGAAACUUGCUAUUGU